GCACAUCCUGCCAAGCCAUGUGGAUACGCUGCUAUUCGAGCUUCUGAUUGUGGGCAUGCUGCGAGACACGCACAACUGCGAAGUCUACCACCGACGGAAGAUCGACUUCUUCUUCAUUGAGAUCCCGAACACCCCAGGUGAGUCGACAGCCAAGCAGCUGUCUUUCUGCUUGAUCUUGCCUCGAAUAUUCCUGGAGAUGAGCGCAACGGCAUUAGAGUCGGAGAUGCCAGUCAUUACAGAGGUAGAAGGAGCUCCGCACAUCGCAUUCGCAAAGAACGAGCUCCUGGCAUUGGUGGGCAAAACCCUGGCUGCCAUGAAGAAGGAGGCUUUCAACCCCAAAUCCAGGAACUUCGAUGUGCAGUGGACCGGUGCGAAGGCAGCAGAGGUCGACCUUGUGAGCACCUACGGGCUCUUGGAGGAGAUCUGCAGCUCCGAGACAUCCCCGCCGUCCUUCCUGGUUUUCAUGAAUCUCGUGAAAUUCCUUGGCCACCUCAUCAAGAGCGCGGAGGAGUGGAACAUGAUGAACUUGGCCUUGCUUCAGAACUUCGAUCCAGGGCUCAAGCACUUCAAGCACUGCUUCUUCCGGCUGCUCAUUGAGACCUCUCGUGAUUUCGCGCUGCGACAGGUGCCGAAGGCCAUGGACUUCAAGGCUCCCUCCAUCUUGGCCAACACGCCUCCCACCCUCUUCCGGGGCACCAGCCGAGGCUCUGCCGACCCAAAUCUUCCGCCGGAGCUUCUGCGUGGUCUCAGUGGGAUGAGCAACGGGCCGCCAACGCUUCAUCGCAAGAUCAGUGGGAAGAAUGCACCUCCCAGCCUCGCGAGGCAGCAAAGCAGAGCGCAGCAGGAGCUGCAGGCCCAACACGAGGCCGAUGCGAAGCUGGAGAAGGAGGGUGUUGGCAGGAUCGAAGCAGCGCAGUACGUGGAGCGCUUCGACCAGAUGCCCUCCUGGGAGAGCUGUGUGCACCCGGUUGCGAACUUCAAGAAGAAUGAGCGUGGUGCCAUUAUCGGGUGCAACAUCAUGAGUCUGCAGAAAGACUUCAUCGGCCACUUCAUCGACAGGAACUUGCAGAACUCUCUGAACUUGAACGACUUGAAGCUUGACAGGGAUUGGUCGAAGGUGACCCACCAGGAUGCGGUCCAGCUGGUUCAUCACAUCGAGGGCGGAGCUCUUCUAAGCAAGAAGGACCACCUUCAGGGACCCAAGGACUACGUGGUUACGGUAGACAAUCUCAUCAAGCUCAUGAGCAUCCAGCAGAGACUGAAAUAUGGCCUGCCAGUGAUUCUCAUGGGCGAGACCGGCUGUGGCAAGACGGCGCUGGUCAAGUUCUUGGCCGAGACGCUGGAUUUCAAGCUGUUCACUCUUGACAUCCACGGCGGCAUUACCGAUGCCAGUAUCAUUGCCUUCCUCGAAGAUGCCAUCAAGAAUGCCGGUGACAAGGGGGUCCUCGUCUUCUUCGACGAGAUCAACGCUGCAAACUGCAUGGCAUUGUUCAAGACCAUCAUCAUUGACCGAAUGUACGGGAACAAGGUGAUUCCCGAGAAGGUCCGAAUCAUCUCUUGCUGCAACCCGUACCGGAAGCGACGGAACAAGGAGUUGGAGGAUGUUGCUCUCGUCUACACCGGCGCCGGUGCAGGCGAUGCUGCCAGCGGCAUCUCAGAUCCCAUGAAGGAGCUCGUGUACCGAGUGCACCCGCUGCCCGAGAGUCUGAUCGAUGUCGUGAGCGACUUUGGAGCUUUGUCAGAGGCUUCGGAGGAGCUCUACAUCAAAGCCAUCCUACGCAAG